CAAAUGAAAUACAUUUUGGUAUUUUAUUUUUUAUUGAGCUUGGAAAUUAAGCACUAGAUAAGCUUGUUCUGGAUCUGAUGGCGCCAGCUAUAUAUUGUUUCUUAUUCUGUUGACGAAAUUGAUUGUUUCCUGUAAUUGUAAUCGCUAACAAUGAGAAUCAUCAGAACGAAACAAAACGACACAUGAGUCGAAUUCUUAAGAGAAGAAACCCUUCCUCUUCCUCCCUUUGAAUUGAAUUGGGGAUUGAAUUGAUUCUCCAUCUCUGAGAAUGGAUCCGGAGCAGACCUUCAUUCGCGUGCAGGAGAGGCUAUCGCAGUUGCUGCCGCCAAAAAUCAGAGUUGGUUUGGAGUAUCUCUGCCUCUUCACUGCCAUUAGCUUCUUCUGUAUUCUCGUUGUUAUGCACGCCAACUACGUUCAGCAGCCUGGCUGUUCGGCUGAGCUAUCUGGAGUUCUCACAUCAGAAGCCCAACUUAUUCAGAUUAAGAUAACCAGCGCCGGCUUGUGGUCUCAUAAUGACUCUCAAUCAAACAUAAUAGAUCCUCCUCAAACACAAGUUCUAAAAGAUAAAAUUGAGGUUUCUGAUGUCACUGGAGAUGACCUCACAUUUUUGGCUUCCAAGUUUUGGUGGAACUGGAUUGCUUCAGCUGAUAGGAGGGGGAAAUCGGUGUUUAAGUUUUGGAAGACUGACACUGACUUUCAUGAACAUCAACCUGAAACCACUACAACUAGCCCAAACUCCAGGCCAGUGGUUCAAGAUGCUGUCAUCAACAUUGAUAAAGAGGAGCCACGGAAUAGUUUUUCUUCAUCAGCCAAAGAGACAAUAAAAGCAAUAAUUAUAAUGAUUGGUAAAAAGUGGUAUAGGCGCAUCACAUUCAUUUCGAGGCACACAGCGCAGAUAAUUGCAAGUUUCCAGAAGCUUUGGGAUAUUGCUGGUGUACACCUAAAUAUUGAUAUUCCCAAAUGGAUGCAUAUCCUUCGUUUAGACAAGCUUAACUCUUAUGCAGUGCAAUGGCUUAAAACGAAAAGCAAGUUGUCUGAACCAUUAUAUUUGUACACUAUGGAAAAGGGGUAUUUCUUGUUACCUGAAAGUGCAAAGUCUCAUCAUAAUAUACGUACUGUGAAUGUUAGCAUAUCAGCUUGGCACUCCUGCUUUGGAAACAGGUGGCAGCAACUACUCAUAAACAGAUUUGUAAAAUAUGAUACAAUUUUAAUCAACAGUUUAUUGAGUUCUCCUGGUCAAGGUUAUCUUUAUAAUUAUCAAUCAAAGGAAUUCUAUAACCUUAGUUAUGCACACGAAGCUCCUGAAGGCCCAGCUAGGUUUGGAGACUACCUUGUAAUGAAGUGUGGCGUGCUUAUGAUGUCCUUGUUUGUGUUUUUCACUACCACAAUGUCUGUGUCAUUCACAUUGAGAGAAACACAGACUCGCAUGCUGAAGUUUACAGUGCAGCUUCAACACCAUGCUCGGCAUCGCCUUCCAACAUUUCAGCUGAUAUUUGUACAUGUGAUUGAAUCGCUAGUCUUUGUUCCUAUUAUGAUUGGUAUUCUGUUUUUUCUCUUCGAGUUUUAUGAUGAUCAGUUACUUGCCUUCAUGGUCUUGAUUCUUGUCUGGUUGUGUGAACUAUUUACUCUUAUCAGUGUCCGGACACCAAUAUCAAUGAAGUUCUUCCCUCGCUUCUUUUUGCUGUAUUUUCUGGUCUUUCACAUAUAUUUCUUCUCUUAUGCUUAUGGUUUUUCAUAUUUGGCUCUGUUUACAACUGCAGCUUUCAUGCUUCACCUUAUCCUGUACUUCUGGGAUCGGUUUGAGGUACCAGCAUUGCAAAGGUUUAUGCAAAAUCGGCGGUCACAACAUCCGGACUUUCACAUUACCUCAUCUACGAUUCUUGCAUCAACAUUACACAUUACAAGAUUGAACACAAGGAACCAGGGACUAAGUGUCACAGACUUUCCUUCUGGGGCAGGGUUCAGACCUGGUUUCAAUCAAUCAACGCCUCAGAAUAGACCAGGAAUUAUGGACUCUCAAGGGCGGUCAGAAAAUAAUCCAGACAGGGUGGCCAACCCUGCACAGAUUCCUGAUCAAGCUGACAUUCGACAAGCAGAAAGAGGUCCGAACCCUGGAUCCAUGAAUUCAUUUAGUUCUUUGUUAUUAUGGAUAUUAGGUGGGGCCUCAUCUGAGGGCCUCAACUCGUUUUUUUCCAUGUUCAGAGAUGUGAGAGACCAAGGGCAAGUUUUUACUGAAACUCCUGGGCAUGAAAACCGUGAGAAUCAGGAUGAUGACAGAUAGUGAUGAAAAAUUUAGAUUGGAGUUCUUGUUAAUUGUAUAGGAAUGAUGUAAUGGAUAUAAUAUAGGUGACUGAACUACUUUCUCGUUGGUCUAAAUGAAGAUAUAAGUGGGAAAAAAAAGUUUGUAUAUA